AUGGAAAUAACAGACAAGAUUUCUAAUCUUUACUUAAACCAUCCAACUGAUUGUGCAGACGAAGAAAAUGUUUUUUUAUCGUUAUCUUCAUCAUCUAAAUCAUUGUCGUCAUCAACAAUUACCAAUAAGAAAGAAGAAUAUGUUGCUCUUAAGAAUCAAAUUAAUGAAUCUGAGGAAUGGGAAAAGUUUUUCAACGGAUUACGAAAAGAAUUUGAACAAGCUGUUAUACGUGGUGAAUCAGAAAACACAUUCCCAAUGUUAACUAGAUUCAUCAAAGAAAGAAAUCACGAUCCUGCAAAGAUACAUGAAUUACUUGAGACCGAGGAAUAUCGAAUGCAGUAUGCUUUAAUUAGGGAAGCAAAAUUUAUGCUCGCAAUCUGUUAUAUGCAAGAAAUUGGUACUUCUCGCGAUUCCAAAUUAGGUUUCAAAUUCUUCAAAGAAGCUUCUGAUCGAGGGCAUUUAGACUCAAAACAUCGUCUUGGCACUUGCUAUAUGACCGGUACUGGAGUUACAGAGGAUAAAUCAAAAGCAUUUAAGCUUUGGUAUGAUGCAGCUAUGCUAGGAUCAAAUAACGUUCAGAAUGAGCUAGCGUGUUGUUAUUGUAUCGGCGAGGCGGUUCAAAGAGAUUUACAUCAGACUAUCCGAUGGCUUCGUAAAGCUAUCGAUAAUAACGAUGGAGAAUCGAUGAAGAAUUUGGAAAAUCUGUUUAAAA